AUGACGUUAUCGGGUCGAUGUCUUGCACUUUCUCACCUGCCUAAUGCCACGAGCCUCCCAGCCCCCCACACCGGGCCCGACGAGCACCCUCCAGGAGAGUGGGCCUCCCAUAUCCAGGUACUUCCUUACGAUUGCGUACGAGAUGGAUGGGACAUCUUGCCUCCUUUCCUGCGUUUCCUCGUCACCCUCCCACCUCGCCGAGAACCCAUGUUGCGGAAAGGCAUUUCCUGGGAUGCUUUUUACCUAAACGAAGAGAUCGGCAAGCUUUCUGAGCAUGUAGAAGCGGCAUACAUGUUCAUGGUCGGGCGUCGUGUUGAGUUGGAAUGUGUGUUGUGCCAACUCGGAGGAGGCGCUUUCCCCUACUGCGUAGUCAUCGACUACGAAGAUGGUCAAUCUGAGUGCUGUAAUUGCCUCUGGGAAUGCACCACCGACGGCUGUUGGCUCCUUGGAAAACGCGGCCAAUUUUUCACUCAAUGCUCGCUCUAUGAGCAAUCCCCCUAG